AACACAAUGAGUGCCCUGAUAGGGAGCCUCGUUCCUUUGUUCCGGCGCAGCUUUCUACAGCUGACCGCCACACGAACUUAUGCAACACCAAAGGCCGGUGGUGCUCUCGGUGGAUCAAAAAAGAAGAAACUCGGGAAGCUUGGUCCAACGGUCGAGAAGAAAGUGAUUCCCGUCGAAACGGACACAACCCGGCUGGUAAGCUAUGUGUGCGGUAGCAACGUUCUGAAGCAGGGUGAAGACGUUAAAAUUCAACCAGAUACGGAGUAUCCCGAAUGGUUGUGGAAGCUGCACGUCGGUGCACCGCUUACGCUCGAAGAAAUGGACCCCAACACGAAAGCUUACUGGCGAAAGUUAAGACGAAUGGCGUUACAGCGCAACAAUAAGCUGGCAAAGUUGAAAAAGUUCUAGUUAGCUUCACUGGGA